AUGUCUAAGAAUAUUUUAACUUCUCCACAGCAUAUGGACAUCACUCCUAUAGAGGAGGAACAGUCUAAUCCUAUGCUUACGCGUAGCCAGAAAAAGGAUGCAGCAUUUGGUCCUUUAAAGAACACAGCCGUCAUUGUAGCUGUAGAUGUUAUACAAUAUCAACCUAUAGACUCAGAAGUAUAUCUGAAUUCACAUGAAAAGGAUGGAUCUCCUUCAGAGGACGCUACUACAACUGUAUUUACAGAUACACACUCUAAACCUAAGGGUAAGGAGAAAGUGGUCGUAUCUGAAUCACCUAAUGUACAUCAAUCAUCAUUGGAUUAUGAAACAAUGGACCAUCCUACGACUGCAAAAUAUUCAUAUGAAUCGAUGGAUGUACAGAAAAAAAACAAAACAACCACGUGUACAGGCACGACCUUCUACUGA